AUGAAAGUGAGCAACCAAACUCAGCUUUCAGAAUUCCUUCUCCUGGGAUUCUCAGAGGACCCAGCACUGCAGCCUCUCAUCUUCAUGCUGUUCCUCUACAUGUAUGCGAUCUGUGUCAUUGGGAACCUGCUCAUCAUCCUGGCCAUCCUCUCUGACCCACACCUCCACACGCCCAUGUACUUCUUCCUCGCCAACCUGUCCUUCUCUGACAUCUGCUUCACCUCCACCACCGUCCCCAAGAUGCUGGCAAACAUCCAGACGCAGAGCAGAGCCAUCAGCUAUACAGGCUGCAUCACACAGACGUUCUUCUUCAUAAUCUUUGCAGCAUUAGAUGACUUUCUGCUGGCCGUGAUGGCCUAUGACCGGUUUGUGGCCAUCUGCCACCCCCUGCACUACACAGUCAUCAUGAAUCUCCGGCUCUGCGUGCAGCUCGUUCUGUUGAGCUGGGCCAUCAGUGUCUUGCAUGCCUUGUUGCACAGCUUACUGGUGCUGAGGCUCAGCUUCUGCACACACCUCGAAAUCCACCACUUCUUCUGUGAGUUGAAUCAGGUGGUCCACACAGCCUGUUCUGACACCUUUCUCAAUGACCUCAUAAUAGAUUUUGCAACUGUUCUACUGGCAGGUGGUCCCCUGGCUGGGAUCCUGUACUCUUACUCUAAGAUCGCCUCCUCCAUCCGUGCCAUCUCGACAACUCAGGGGAAGUAUAAAGCCCUUUCCACCUGUGCCUCUCACCUCUCUGCCAUCUCCCUGUUUUAUGGCACAAGCAUAGGUGUGUACCUCAGUGCCAGUGCUGCCCCAAGUUCAGCCUCAACUGCAGCAGCCUCAGUGAUGUACACAGUGGUCACCCCCAUGCUGAACCCCUUCAUCUACAGCCUGAGGAACACAGACAUGAAGAGGGCUCUGAAAAGACUCUUGUUCCAUAAACGAUUGUGGAACCCAUGGUUUUGGGGCUCUGCAGUGUCACUGACUUCAUGUCUCAAGCCUCAGAAUCAGACACCAUGA